UGAAUCUGAAAUCUUGGAGGACAGGUGAUUUUAAAAAAAUAAUGAAUUAAAUCUUAAACCUGCUUUUGAAUUACUGUAGAGAGAUGUUUUGAGGCAACUUGUUUUCAGGUUGGACAAAACUUGUUUCCAGAGGUUUACAAAAUGGUAUCUAACUGAAAAUGCAACUACAUUUCUGUGGCAUGUUGCUGAACUCUAAAUUAAGCAUGUGUGUGUGUUUUGCUAGAGGCCAUAAAGACGAGUUUUGAGAAUGUGGAAGUUGAUAUCACAGGAAGCAAGGAGUUCAAACCUCACCUGACUAUUCUGAAGCUGUCAAAAGCACCAGCACUGAGAAGAAUGAGGCUGAAGAAGAUUCUGUAUGAAGAAUAUGAAGAUGCUGCUUUUGGCACUGAGCUGUUCACUCGUAUUGAUCUCUGUUCAAUGCACAAGAAGCAAGCCUCUGGUUAUUACCACUGUGAAAGCUCAAUACUCUUGGCUUCCUGUGAUGGAGAAACUUUGGAGGUAGGUUCAGUCUCAAUGGAGAGUGCUUCAGCCUCAACAGUAGUCCCCUCCACUGGUGAAACGGAUUCCAAAAAUGCUUUGGAUCAGUGUUUACAAUCUGUCGCCGAUUAUUCUGCCAAUGAGUCAUCUAUCAAGCCAGCUGUGGAUAGUAGAGAUACUGCUGAUCAGGUGAGCAAAACUGACAAGGUGGACAGUUUGCCUGGAGCCACUGGUAACAAUGACAAGAUCAGUAUAGGCCCUGCAGAGGUCUGCAGCAAAGACACUUGUGCAAACAAGGCCACUGAUGAAGGCAGUUAAGUGAGAAAGUUUUUAGACAUGGAAAGAGGAAUCAUGUCUAAGUUUCUCACUCUGAUUAAUAUUUUGUUUAUUCUGUAUAAGUGGGAGUGUGUUGACACCAAACAAAGCAAAUGCUUCUGCUCUUGAAACAGA